AUGCGGGCAGCGGUGUGGUGGAAGAAGGCGCUUGUGGUGGUGCUGGUGGCGCUGCUUGUUGGCGGUGUGGGUGGUGCGAUGAAUGGAGCACACGCUGCUGAAGAAGAUGAGUUUGACGAGGACGAGUUUACAUCGCCGGGAGCUGGUGUGGCCGUGCCAUCACCACCAAAGGCAGCCACUGACAUCGCGGAUGACGGUGCCAGCGUGCCACUGGAGGAUGCCGCACCUGGCGACGCGGACGAAGAGGAGUUUGAUUCUGCGUCCGAGUUCCGGGUUGUGGGCAUCCCGCGGACCGCCGUCAACUCACUGGAUGAUGACUUUGAUGAAGAAGAGUUUGAGGCCGUACUUGUGGACGAACCUGUGCAACAGCAAGGUGCCGCCGGCCGCGGUGACAGCAAGGUGGCCGGCAGCCAUGACGAUGACGAGGAGGUGGAUGAUGACGACAUCGAUGGCGACGUCAAGCUGGAUCUGUCUGUGGAGGCGAAGGCGGCUGCGCGCCUGAGCAACCGGCCCCUUGAUAUUCGCGAAUACUACCUGGAGAUUGUUGGCCUUGUGGUUCUCCUGGGCUUCCUCGUGUUCUAUCUUCAUGGCCGCUCCGAGAACAAGCGCGUCGUCGAGGCUGUCGCGGAGUCUGUGCUGGAGCGAAUGAAGGAGCGCUUUGCUCACAUCGGCGACGAGACAAGCAAACCCAUCAUUGCCGAAGCUGCAAACGAGUUUGUACUCUAUGGCACCGGCAACAGGCGCUGCUUCAGUUUCAAGGCUGAGUUUGUGCUGAAGCGGCGGCAGGAUGCGAUUGGGCUGGUGCUCGACACGGCGACCGGCCAGCAGGACACGCUCGUCGUCUCUGCCCAGCUCGACGGCAAGCAGGUUGACCCGUUUGUGCUCGCAGUCACCACCCCACUCUUUGAACCGGAGCUCAGGAGCGACAACGAAGACAUCGCCUUCCUGACCAAGAAAGGGCCGCAGCUGUUUGAGACGCUGAAUGUCGUGUGCGAUUCGCAGGGCGCCGCCACAUCCAUCCUCUCCGGCUCCGUCCUCACUCGCAUCAAGGCCAUCGAGGAUUAUCUCGUGCAUUUGAAGAUGACCGACCAAUACCGCACGCAAAAGGUCCGGCGGCCGGGCGAUUGGCCAAACAAUGACCUCAAGCUGCAGAAGCCAAUCAACGCGAUGACAAUGCACCUGUCUGUUGAUUUGACGCGCGAGGCAGACCGUGCUGCCGCUGUCACCGCCAUCGAGCUGGGCAUGGACUUGCUGGAAGCAAUGGCCACCUACAAGAUGUCGUCUCAGGACAAGACGCGCGCGAAGAAGCUCCGCGAUGACUUCACGUCGCUAAUCCAGAAGGAAAUCUCCAAGCAGGAGGCGCAGGCUGUGCAGGCGCGGGUUGAGGAGCGGAAGCAGAAGGAGCGGGAGCGACUGGAGGCGAAUCCGCAGGAGCUCGCAAAGUGGGAGGAGAAGCAGCGCAAGCGGCAGCAGCGCAAGCAGGCCAAGCAAGGCCGCAUCAUGAUCAAGUAG